GAGGUGGGCGUGGUCUGAAGAUGGGGACUCGGGAACAGUUGAGAGGAGUGAGGUGUCAGAAAGUCCUUCAACACACAAAUCAGUCGCUGCGAGCGAAUGGAAUAUCUGGACUACACAUUUAAAGCCUGGCAUGCACACUAUGUUCAACCCACCAUGCUUGAGGUGUGAAUGACAGAGAGCGAUCUAUGCAGAGGUUCACCUGGUUGAUGGACCCAGAAUAAAUGUGAGACAUGACCACCAAGGCCCACAGGUAAAGACCAACCCACACGUGCAGCAUGGAGCUCCCGGGUGGCUCCUUCCCAGUGGUUCCAGAGGCUGAGCUAUACCGUAGUGUCCAGGCCGUGCUGCCCCGAGACAUAGAGGGGGCACAGUCUCCAGCCUCCUGUUUCGACAAAGGAAUGCUGAGAUGGACCCUUCAUAAAAAGGUUCAAAACAACCCUGUCAACAUUUUAUCUUUAGUGCAGGUUCUGAUAAAGGAGCUUGAGAAGGCUGAAAGAUCGGAUUCAAGAAAAUGCAUCAUUCCAUUGCUCCACACACUGAUGUAUGCAAUAAUUCAGGCAGCCUACAUUCCAGAUGAUCUCUACAAACGUGUGUAUGACUUCUGUAAGAGACUGAUGACGUAUCCUUAUCCAUACUGCUCUGUGGGCCUCAGUUACACCAGGCAGAUCAAAACUGAACGCCUGGUUCCAGGUUUGAUGUACCAGAGACUGUUGACAGCUGAGCAGAGACUGAAAAGUGAGCACUAUCCUUUUCAGGAAAGGGUUUUUGUUCUGGCUGAUCCAGAGGUCUUUUCGGGUUCCAUGAUUCCUGCCCUUUUUGAUGAAGCAUCAGCUGGAUUGAAUCGUCUUGAUCAAAUGUGCAGAGUCGUCCAACACACAAUACAAGCUUCUUUGGGUGAAGAGCAGUGCAAUGGUUUAAAACUAGCACAUGUGCUCAAGCAAAAGGGUCAGGACAUUGAGCCGUAUUUUCAGGAAGUUCAGGCAGGUCUGGAGCAGAUGGCUGAGGAGGGCAGCAAAAGAGAAGGUGGAGCGCUGAAGAGUCAAGUCCAGCAGCUCUACAGGGAGAUCUUGUCACAUGCAGAUUCAGAACCAUUGUGUGGGGGGCCGCUGUGUGACUGUCCUCUUCCUAACCCGGAGAUGAGUUUCCACCUGUGGACGGAGGAUCUGGAUAUCUGGCGAGAGCUGGCCAAGUGGUUUCGAUCCAGCAACACUUUGGAGCAGUUCCCUUCCUUUUGCGAAGAUGACGAUGACUUUGACUUCGGUGAUCCACUCAGCACCUUGAUAGCAGCAGACAUGCCUCGCUUCUCCAUUUUGUCCAGUGACAGCGGGAUUGAAAAAGACCUCCCCCCUGGUGAUGAUACCUGCUCACUGACUUCUCUGGACACUAAUAGUUUGAGUAAUUCCAGUGAAUCAAACAACGCUGAGCAAGAUUGUGGGAAGCUGACUCGGCGGAACUGCUUGAAGAUAAAAACGUCUCCUGUUGAAAGUGGGAGGCUGAUUCAGGAGACGCUGGAGGACGAUGUAAGCCAUGGAGGAGGUUUAGGACAUGGCGAAAGAAGAGGUACUACUCUGCAGAGGCGGGCAGGAGCCACCACCAACAACAACUUCCUCAAGCAACAAAAACCCUAUACAGCCAGGAUAGUCAUCAUGGGGGAUGACAGGAUCGUGGGUCGCUUGACCAAGGCCUACUACCUCCUAAAGAAAAGAGAAGCUCGUCGGCUUUAUCUCACAAGUAAAGUCAACCUCCAGUUUUACUACAUUCCUGUUUGCACGGCUCCAUCUCGCUCUGUUGAGAAACCCCUCAGUGAGUCCAGAGGAGAUUCCUGCUCUCUCGGUUCUUACUUAAGCAACGUGGAUCCGUGGUACAAGUGUAACAUCAACAGCUUGGACUCCAUGAUCCAUAACCUGGCGAACAUGCAACCAUUGAACAGCGGAAGACCAAAGGAUCCCUUCAUCUCUGAUGUCAUUUCCUACUACGUCCGCUGUGGUCAGCAGCCCGUCUAUUUCAACAUCUUCUUCGUUAAGAUUUCCUUCACCAGACCAGAAAAGGAAGUUGUGGAAGAAGUUUUUGUUACCCAGCUGGACGUGGAGUUCCCAGAGUUCAGACACUUCUAUGAAUCCGUGAAAGAUAAAACCAAGAAGGGCUCUGCAGAGUUUUGUGGAGCGGUUAUCUCCAUGAAUUACAAAAAGGUAACAUUGAGUGGCCGAGAUGUUGAGAAAGGACUGUCAGUCCGGACAUCCCGAGUUCAGAUCAGCACCAUUCCCUCCAAUGAAGCAGAAGACCUCAACUGCUUGACUCUGACUCUAAAUGAGGUUUCCAUGAAGAACAAAAGCACUGAGUCUAAGAUUCGCACCAACAACAUAAAGAUUCGGACGUUGGAAUGCCGUUCGUUCACCGUCACCCUGGACAAAGACAGUCGAAAGACCUACACAGAUGUGCAGAGUGUGGAGAUCUCUCCUUGUCUGGAUCCGGGAUACUUCGCCCACAUAUCCAGGAGAUGCAGAGUGGACCUGGACGAGGGCCAAGAAGCGGGACUCAACAAAUACAUGAAGAAAGCUCUCCUUCUACCAAUCAAUACGUUUGCAGGCAUCAUCAACUGACCCAGUGGAGACCCGGAUCCGUGUAAAACCCCCGUUCUUCUGACACAUGAGAGGUUGACGUCUUCUUAAGCUGCUCCUGGAAACAAAAGGACUUGAGCUAUUCCUACAGUCGUCUUUCUAUAAACUGAUUUUUGUUGUUGUUGUUGUUGUUGUUGUUGUUCUUUUGGUCCGCAUACUUUAAUUAAUGAGGACUGUCAUCUUGUGUAAAUAUGUGUUAGCUGUAGAGACUCGGCUGGAGUUGCACGUUUCUGCUGGUGUGGCAUCUCUGUGAGAGGCGGGGCCUCGAUGGAGGCUUCGACACAGGUGCCCCCAUUAGAUUAGGCUCUGGAGGUCAAUGCAUGGGACACUUUAACCCAAUAACGCAGGGGAUGUCACCAAAACAACACGCUCUUUGAACUAGCAUAACUCCUCGACUGUGUUGCAUUCAGCGCAAAGCUGCAAAAUCCGCUGAAAUUUUGUGGAUUGCGUAACCAGUCAAGGAGUUUCAACAGUCCAAAGAAUGUGAACACUGGAGCUAAAGCUCUGGUGGUAAAGAGUAUUAAAGCCUUGGUCACAUGCCCCCGUACGGGUGCUGUAGGUAUUUUCUCUUAAGGUCAUCUCAAGGGACGUAAUGAAACUGGAACUUACCAUUAUUGUGCGUGUCGUAAAUUAUUUGUUUGAAUAAGGUUACAUGCACUUAUAACCUACAAAUGAAGCUGUUGUACCAUGCCCUUAUGUCACCCUGGUUAGUAAGGUGCACAUGACCGUAUGCAGAGGGUCUGAACGUGACGCUGACAACGCCCACACAAGCUACACUCUGAUUGCCUAAUUUCCUAAAUUCUGACAGUCAGACUACGCAGAUAAGCUGCUUGUACAGUGCACCGAGUUUUGAGAGUUGAAAGAAUGAAAUAAUCUGUACGACGUGCAUGGGUCUCACCUACUUCACCCUUACGAUUUGUACAAGUUUUCGCUACGACCUGUCGCCUGCAGCAUGCCCGUAAGAAAAAAAACAAGCGUGAAGACUUUAAUGCUACGGACUCAAUGAGCAGUCUAUGACCUUGAUAUUUUGUGUGUGCCACCUGCAAGUUUAAUUCAGGGCCCGUAUCCACCCGUAAGGGCAGUUGUGACUAAGGUUUAAGCUCCUCAUCAUGUGUACUAGCACUUAGACAGAACAAAGUAAAAUCCCCUUUUUAAUGGGAUGAUCCGUGUUUUUCACUCCACAUGACUGCGAUCUAAAUGCUUUUCCUUAUUGCUGAUCCAAAGUCAAAACUUCCUUUUGAGAAGUGUCUCUGGGACUUUCUUACGAUGAACAUCCUAUGUUAUCCUAAUCUAUAAAUACACUACUUUAAAACCAUUUCCUUGAUACAACAGUAAGUAGGUCAUUCACACAAACAGUGCUGGAGACUGACUUGGCUCACCUCCAGCUCAAAUCAGUAGUUAUCGUAACAUUGAUUAAUUAUUUCCUACCGGUUCUGGUAGUUUAGCCCUCAUCCGCCUAUUACAUAAUUUUCAGGAAGGCCCCCUCCACACUGCCAGCAAAAAACAGAACUAACAUUUUUAGAUGCAGUUACAGUAAGAAGCUGCUGGACUUGUUUGGCUGCUUACAGUUGGCAUGGGAGAGAGGGCAAAGAAAGAACAAUUAUGCUUGAAAACAUCAGAGACAAGUAUUUACUACUUAAUUUGUUCCUUAUUUUGCGCCACAAACAAGUCCUCCAAGGUGUAUCAACUCAUUGUGGGUGAGUUGUUUUGUGGAGUGAAGCAGCUGCCCUGUUUGAUCUGAUUGUAAAGACUGUGAAUCCUCUUAAUGUUCUCCUCACUCUCCCUUCAGGUUACAGAGCUGUAGGACUUCUGACAUGACUACAUGUUCAGCUGUUGUUACUGGAAUGUUUUUAGUGCUUCAAUGUAAUUGUUUUUAUUAUGUUAUUGAAUAACACUCCUGCUGAUUAUAUAGCUGUCAGUAAAAGCCUUCAGGGCUGGGGUUUGGUCUUCAGAUGUUUGCUGGACUGAAAUCACGAGUUUCAAUUUUACAGAAUAUGUUGCACAUUAUUUUUUCUUUGUUUUUGGUGUAUAAAUAACAUCCUAAAUGGAACUGUGUGAAUAAACAAUCGCAAAAGCUGUUAUUGACAUGUAAAUAAAACCUCCUCAGAGAUCAA